CUUUACUGAGUGAUGUGAUGUAAAGCAACGCAUUGAUGUGAUUUAGUAUAAAAUAUAUCAAUAAAUUAAUUAUUCAGAGUUUUUGAUGACAACAUUUCACUUUAAUUAAAUUUCAAGUACAACUAUUAGAGGCUCAAAAUUUGGGACUACGUUCAUCAUCACACCGAACAAUUGUUACAAGUGAACAAUCGACUUCUUUUCAACAAACAUUUCUCGAAUUUAAAGACAACUUUUUUGACAAAUUGGUGUGAUUAUCCAUUGUUUAUUAACGUCUGAUUUGCCUCUUUGAGCUGAAAUUUUAUUGCUGGAUGAAACUUUGGUUGAACUCUCUUCUCAAUGCGUGAUUUUAUAGCAUAAACGCAACGUAUCCAUCUCAAUUUAAUUUUGUGCUCUGAUGCUAAGUUACUAUUCUUUCCUGAUUGAAUGUUGAUUACUGACUGAACAGGAUGAUAAAGCUGGGAACCCCUGCUGGAGUUACUCAUCGGACUUGUACCGGUAUCAAUUUCUGUGAAACUUUGCAGCUAAAGCCAGAAGAUGGAAUCAGAUUAUCGGAAUGGGCUCCAACAUUAAAGACUAUUUCAAGAAAUGUUGAGCAUUUUCCAAAAUUGACUAUCGUCAUGAUGAUAUCGUUUUGAUACAAUGGAAAAUAAAAAGGUCCCAAGUGAAAGUAAAUGAUGAGUAACAAAAAGUGGAGUUGAGGAAAGGAGUUACAGAUGAACUUUCAAGAGAUACGCUGCCUACCAGGGAAAAAGAUAUCCAAUUUGAGCAUGAAUUUAAAUUGCAAGCCAUUUUCAAUUGCACCAUCUACAUUUGUUAUCAAGUAACAGCAAGUUGGAGAGUAUACCUAAUCAGAAGUUGAAAGGCUAUGCCAGGAGAAGAUAAAGUGAAUAACUUGAACUGGGGAGACACCAGGCAUUACCAUGAAGUUUCCUUGCUGAUCAACAGGAAAAAUGAAGCUUUCCAAAUGGUUUUCACUAGCUAUUGUUGGGAAAUCUCUGUCGAAUCUCAAAUGAAAAGAAUAAUUUAAAUUGUGGUACGAAGCAUGAGUAAAAAGAACUGAACUAAACUAAACAAGAGAAAAGACAGGGAAAAAUACAAGGGAUCCGGAGAGUGUGUAAGUGAGAAAGAAAAGAGUGAGGGGAAAAAAGAAGAGAUAGAUAGAGUAACUCAAGGUUCUCAGCCUGAAGGAUUUAGCGAAGUAAAACUGGUAAAUGGUUAAUCAGCUGAAUUCAAUACAUUUUUAACCUUACCGUCAAAAUUUUUUAAAAUUAAUAUCAUCACAAGAUUAAAUAUCUACCGAGUUUUAGCCUAUUUCUUUUAAGCCUAAUACAAUAUUAGUUAUACAACCUUUUUAUCAACCAGUAUUUUGUAUUUUUAUUUUCACUCUGUUCCCUACUAUUGCUUGUCUUUUUCUCUCUCUCUCUCUUUCUCUCUUUUUCUCGUUCUCUAUCUGUCUUCUUCUUUCUACACCAUAGUGUAGUGUGAUUGUUCCUCCAAUCAUCCCUUUUGAAUCUCUGGUAUUCACCUUUAAUCAUCUGCGAUCUUCAUUUUCAUCUUCAGUUUGUCUUUUUUCUGUUUGUUAAUUGAUUUUUGCUUCAUCCAGCGAAUAAACCAGCUUUACUCACUUUCUCUGAGUGUGUUCAUCUUCUCCACACAUUGUACACUCUUUCAUUUGUAUUUCACUCUCUUCUUCUUCUCAUUCUUCCUUAUCAUCAUCAUCAUCAACAACAACAGCUACAAAAAAAUCAACAUCAACAUUAAUAUCUAUCAGUAUAUCUUCCACUCUUGAUAUAUAAUUCACAUUUAACUCUCUGUCUCUUUAUACUCAUCGUUUAUUUUUUGCUCGGUUUGUGUACUUUUAAUCAAAAACAGCAAUCAAAAUGGGAAAUGAAGCGUCUUUACCAAUGGAAAUGUGCUCUACAUUUGACGCCGAUGAAAUCAAGAGGCUCGGUAAACGAUUUAAAAAACUCGAUUUGGAUAAUUCUGGAUCUCUUAGUGUAGAGGAGUUUAUGAUCCUGCCUGAAUUACAACAAAAUCCGUUGGUUCAGCGGGUUAUUGAUAUAUUUGAUACAGACGGGAAUGGAGAAGUAGACUUCAAAGAAUUCAUUCAAGGAGUCUCACAAUUUAGCGUUAAAGGUGAUAAAGAAUCGAAAUUAAGAUUUGCAUUCCGAAUUUAUGAUAUGGAUAAUGAUGGUUUCAUUUCUAACGGUGAAUUAUUUCAAGUACUUAAAAUGAUGGUUGGAAAUAAUCUGAAGGAUACCCAAUUACAACAAAUUGUGGACAAGACAAUUGUUUUUGCGGAUAAAGAUGAAGAUGGAAAAAUUUCAUUCGAAGAGUUCUGUGCGGUUGUAGGAAACACCGAUAUCCACAAAAAGAUGAUCGUGGAAGUUUGAUUUUCAUACUAAACAAGAAGCGGUACGGAAUCAUGCUCAUGCUUAUUUUGGACCUUGGUUUUAUUUCAACUCUCAAUUACAACCAACCAAAAACACAAACAAACAUUUAAUGAUCUGGAUGAUGUUACUUGCUCCUCUUGUUUUCUUUUCAUCCUUAAAUUCUCUUUCUUCGUUCUGUUUUUUCUGUUCUUCUCCGUCAAAGAUUGGAAAAGCUAAAACAAACACAAAAUCCAAAUAAACAUAAGCUAUGUAUUAUUUCGUGAGAUCGACAGUAUUCUUGCUUUGCUGCAUCUUUUAUGCCUCUCUGAUGCAACUGCCGAUAAUGAAGCCUUCGUUGGUUCCUAUGGACAUUUAAAUGUAUAUAUUUAUCAGCGAAGAAAAAAAUAAAAGAGUAUCAUUUUCUUGUG